GGUGAAUUUUGAACAUUCACAUUAAUUCAUACAUUUCUGAAGUACUACAAUGAAAAAUAAUCGAUUUGCUUUAAAAGUGACGAUGUUAUUGUGAAGAUUACUCGAAGAUGACUCGAAGAGAUUGGCCAAUAGAAACUGCAGGAGAGGGUCCAGGAAUCAUUUUCACCCUUUACUGGUCAGGCUUAAAAUCUAAGCAGGUACGGAGGAGCUUAUGUAUCUGCGAGUAUGUGAAGUGACACGGGUGUAACCACCGCAAGAGAAAAGGCGUCAUUCCCGUCCAAAAGAACUGGCAUCAUGGUCGUCAAUUCUUUGCAUUGGUUCCGGAAAGGGCUGAGGCUUCACGAUAAUCCGGCUUUACAGGAAGCUUUGAACGGAGCAGAUACUGUGCGGUGUGUUUAUAUACUGGAUCCUUGGUUUGCGGGUUCUGCUAACGUGGGUAUCAACAGAUGCAGGUUUUUACUUGAAUCUCUGGAGGACUUAGAUACAAGCCUGCGAAAGUUGAAUUCAAGGCUCUUUGUGGUUCGUGGGCAACCUGCAGAUGUAUUUCCACGUUUGUUCAAGGAGUGGAAUGUCACCCGUCUGACCUUUGAAUAUGACUCUGAACCGUAUGGAAAAGAGCGGGAUGCUACAAUUAUUAAAAUGGCAAAAGAGUUCGGAAUAGAGACUGUUGUGCGGAACUCACACACACUGUAUAACCUGGACAGAAUUAUUGAACUGAACAACAACAGCCCUCCCCUCACCUUCAAACGGUUCCAGGCGAUCGUUAACCGUCUGGAGCCGCCCAAAAAGCCCCUGGCGACAGUAACUCGGCAGCAGAUGGACAGCUGUUGGACAGAUGUGUUGGUCAACCAUGACGAGCAGUUUGGGGUUCCCUCCCUGGAGGAGUUAGGGUUUAAUACAGAGGGACUGAGCCCUGCAGUGUGGAAGGGUGGUGAGAUGGAAGCCUUGGAUAGACUUAAAAAGCAUUUGGACAGAAAGGCUUGGGUGGCAAAUUUCGAAAGGCCCCAGAUCAAUGUUUGUUCCCUCAUCGCCAGUCCUACUGGUUUGAGUCCUUACCUGCGGUUUGGCUGCUUGUCAUCUCGGCUGUUCUAUUACGAACUACGAGACCUCUAUUUCAAGGUUCGCAAGCACACCAGCCCACCACUCUCGCUCUAUGGCCAGCUGCUUUGGAGGGAAUUCUUCUAUACGGCAGCUACGAACAACCAAAACUUUGACCGGAUGGAGGGAAACCCCAUCUGCGUGCAGAUACCGUGGGACCAUAACCCCGAGUCCCUGGCUAAGUGGGCCGAGGGCAGCACGGGCUUCCCCUGGAUCGACGCCAUCAUGACGCAGCUGCGGCAGGAGGGCUGGAUUCACCCGCUGGCUCGGCAUGCUGUUGCCUGCUUCCUCACACGGGGAGACCUGUGGCUCAGCUGGGAGAGCGGAAUGAGAGUAUUCGAGGAGCUGCUUCUGGAUGCGGACUGGAGUGUGAAUGCGGGAAGCUGGAUGUGGCUGUCCUGCAGUGGCUUCUUCCAGCAGUUUUUCCACUGUUACUGCCCUGUAGGCUUUGGAAGAAGAACAGAUCCCAAUGGAGAGUACAUCAGGAGGUACAUACCAAAGCUGAAGAACUAUCCGAAUAGGUACAUCUAUGAGCCCUGGAAUGCCCCAGAGACAGUGCAGAAAGCAGCUAACUGCGUGGUGGGCAAGGACUACCCCAAGCCUAUGAUAAACCACGCUGAGAGCAGCCGCCUCAACAUAGAACGGAUGAAGCAGGUCUACCAGCAGCUGUCACACUACAAGGGACUCAGCUUACUGGCCACUGUUCCCACUAUUCAAGAGGAGGUAGAACCACCAGCGAUGGAGGGCUCGGGUGCCCACAGCAGCACUGACAUGUGCCCCACUCAGGCUAGCAGAAAGGCUUUGUUGAGGAAGAGGGAGAGACCAGCAAAGACGGAGAGAGCAGCUGCAUGCACACCACCCAAGGUGCAGCGCAUCAGCACGCCAGACGGGAGUGCAGAUGAUCAGCAGUAGCAAUGGCGCUGGCCGGACCUGGAGUGCAGCCUUCUGACGUGAGGCACGAAGGGUUUUCCUGAUGUUCUACCCUGUGCUGCCCUCCUGUGCUCCCUGAGGUGUGAAAAUGCUUCUUGACAGCAGCAGUCAGCAGAAAAGUAAUAUGCGAGAAUCUCACUACAAGGUUACAGAAGAUGCUCAUGCCUGCCAUUUCUGAACGUCUCCUGCAUUUACUAAAUUUUUGAGCAGUGCAGCGGUACUAAUUUGUGAGUUUUUCCUUUUUCUGUUAACCAUGUGGUUUUGGAUUGUCUUUUAACAUAGCAUGGCAUUCCAUUAAGCAAUAAAUCCAGAACACUCCGGUUUCCUAAAUCAAAAUUCAGUCUCUGCUGUUUGUACUGACUGUGCUGCCAUCACAUAAUAGUUUAGGCACAAGAAUUAUUCUCUGUAUAAUCUGUACUUAUGGCAUACUAGAAGUAUGAGAAAACACACAUUGAUCUGCAUUUUUUAAUGAAAAAUUUAAUUGUGUUAGUCAAGUCAAGUAGGUUUUAUAUUCAUUUCAACCAUACACACAAUAUACAGUGAAAUGAGAUAACGUUCCUCCAGGACCAUGGUGCAACACAGACCAGAACAAAACAGAGCGACAUCAUAAGUGCAGACAGGACACAAGUGCAAUAAAAACAAUUUGACAAGACAACAUACAGUGCAAAUUAACCAUGGUAAUAGUCUGGAUACAGUAUUUGAGGUACUAUAUGGUAGCAGCGAGGGUUAUUAUGUGUAAAAAUGCUGUGGUAGAAAGGCGAUGAAAGGCAAUAGAUGCAUAAACAUACAUGUGCGUUUAUCUUGUUUGCAUUUGAGAUUUGUGACUAAAAAACAAAUUUAGUAAUAUAGUAUUAUUUGAACAUGUGAAAAGUAAAGAGGUUUUUAACAAGAA